CACCAAAGAACCUUCUUUAGAUCACAAAGUCCCCAUCACUUUUUGACCACUUUCAUCUUAUUCGUUGUGCCUCUUACCCAGGUAUGUAUGGCUUCUAGAACAAUGGAUAAUAUACCAUAACAUGCUUGAGACUGCAUAAAUGGCUACCAUACAUAUACACAUCUUACGAAGCGAUUCUACGUCUAACUACCUAAACUAGGUGCUUUCUCUAUAUAUUAGGUACCUAGGUAGGUAGGUAUAUACAGUGGCUCACAUUUACAAUGUCCCGUUCGUUGGAUAGUGAUCUUCUAGCCCACUUGGAAGCCGAUGACCAUAAUCAGAUAUGCAAAGACAUUUCCGCGCUCCUCACGAAUCUACCAGAAAAUGAAUUGCUGGAGAUCGAAUUCCUUGGGAAAAGUCAUCCUCUACAACCAGGGGUUAACUACCUUAGAGAUGGCACGGCUGUAGCAAUUCCUAAGCUGAGAUUGGUCCAGGCAUUCUUCGUUGCUCGCCAAUUUCUGCAGGCAUAUCAUAAGGACAGCAGGUUAAACAGCAGCGAAGUAAUGGCUGCAACAGCUGUGCUAUUGCUUAUGGACCCCGAGCAUCUAACUGCCGCUAAUACCCGGAAACGACUGCUCAUAUCAUGCUUAGAAAACAGCGAGACAGGUGAGCUGGCAUUGAGGCGAGAGAAGCAGUUUGUGGACAGCCUUCUCACGUCGAGGUUGUACCGACAUGCCAAAUCACCCACACUCUGGUCACACCGUCGCUGGUUGCUCCACCUGUUUACUGUUCACGACGUGGUAGUGGACCUACACCACGAUAUCAAAAACGUUGUCAUGAUAGCGGGAAUUCGGCAUCCUCGCAACUAUCCGGCCUGGCACCAUGCUCGAUGCUUGGUGGAUCGUGAUCUAGAACUAGCUCACUCUAUCGUUGCUGAUGUUAAGGAGUUUUGCUUGAAGAAUCAUACCGAUAUCUCCAGCUGGAGUUUCCUUGUCUACGCCAUAAACAAGAUCGAAAAUAAGCAAGACCGUCGCAUAGUCGGCUCUUCUAUUUUUGCGGAAGUCCUCGGUAUCACUGACUCGUUGCGCUGGAUAAGCGAGUCAGUCUGGACAUUUCUGCGAACUAUAGCGACGGUGGGACUUAUUAGUGACCAACAAUUCGAGUCAUUUGUGGCGGUAAAUAAGAAGCUCGCCUCCAUAACAGUAGAGACCAGUGACCAGUGGAAAACUUUAGAUAGUGCACGACAUUGGUGCGAAAAAUAUCGCCCUCCAACGGGGUCCAAAAUGGCGGCGUGAGUUCGAAUUGGUCCAGCGAAGCUACCAACCG